AUACAAGACAAUAUAAAAAUCAUAUGUUUGAUAACACAGUUGUCAAAUUCUUUCAAAGUUUCAAGGAAGUGUAACAUGAGUUCGUUUGCCGGAAAAGUUGGUUCCAAUGGUUACACUAUGAAGUCCUUUAUUAUAUUCAGCAUCAUAAUGAUGAUAACCCACGGUUCAGAAUAUAGAGCAAAUGCUCAUGUGAAUGUGCUUCUGGAUCCGACAAAGUGCACUGGAUUAGUAUGUUGCGUUCCGGAGGAUUGCGUUGGUGUUUGUAGAGACAAGGGAUUUCAUAAGUCCGCGACUUGCUCCGAUGCAAUGUGCUUCCCAUUUUUUAAGUAUGGUGUUUGUUGCUGUGAAUGAAUGUUACUAUUUGGAACGACAACAUAUAAGCUAUAAUUAGUAUGAAUAAUGUCGUUUUUCAAUUUUAGUUUCAAUUUUGCUCGAAAAUGUAUGCUCUUUGAAAUAAAAAAGUUAAAUUGCGCUUAGUUU